GGUGUAUAAUGAUAUAUAUAGUAUUUAUAAAUAGUUUGUUUGGGUAAAAAAAUAAAAAAAUAUAAACUAUACACAAUUUACUGUCUAAAAUAAAGGACCACUUUCUGAUUGUGAGCCCGUGAAGAUCAUCGUGGUAUAAUUUGUUACAAGAACUUUGUUCUUUGAGCGUUCCAUGACAUGCGUAACGAAAAAAGUAAAAGUACUUACGAACAAAGGAAAUCGAAAAGUUUCUCUACUUCCUGCAAAGCAUCUUGGCACGCAGUAAAACCAACCCAGGAAGAACUUGGGCUGGGAGUUUCAUCCAAUUGCGAAUAAGUAUCCCGACUCUCUGAUUAUCAUUUGCUCAAGUCGAUGCUAUUGUAUUUAGAUGUAGAUCUGCAAAAAUGGUUCGAUGACGCUUAUCAUGCGAUAGCACAAACUUUCUACAUAGGGGCAUCCCUAAGCGAUACGCUAAGUACGAAAAGACCUCAGCUAGUAAUGAUUUGUGUAGAAAUUCCGCGUUUCAUUAUGUCCUGGGAAAAAUUGAUACGAGUAGUGGUAUGAGGAAUACAUGUAUACCGCCAAUGUUACGAUUAGCCAUGACUGGAGUUGUUGGCCCCAGGAGGUUAUCAGCGGCUGGGCUGGAGUGACCGUACCAUAAGCUUUACACAAGGCACGUUAUCGAUAGUUGUAUCAGAGUUGUCACAUGUGUUGGAAAGAAAAUUUCUAGAUCCACUUCUCCUGCUUUUAUAUUUUUCUUCCUUUUUUUCAAGUGAUAGCGGAUACCCCUUAAAGUUUCGGUUUAUGACAUCUUACCGAAAUUUGGCGGAUCGCCUAAAAAAAAUAGAGUGAAAUACAUUGCAAGAGGACUAAUAUCGGUGUGAAUUGGUGUAUAUAAACUCGCUAGCGUAUUCUACAGGAAGAGCAAAAAGGUUGCUAGAGUUUAAAGAAGCUGGGAAGGAUCGCAAACGUUAAUGCGAUGCUGCACCACAUUUGCCCCUACUAAAAAGUGGGAGCAGACCAUUUGAAUACGAUCUAUAAAAAUGAUAGUGUUGGUGUUUAUGUGGAGGCAGUUGUUUGAGCGAGUUAAAGUUUUGCGGAUAAUUGCAAUCGACAUGUUACACAUGGAUUUUAUCAUUAGGACAGGGAUUGACUAUAAUCAAAAUGGACGAUACACCUGUAACCCUAACAAGCAUAAUAUUAAUGGCUUUUAUUCUUGUUAUCAUUAUAAUGUUGUUGUAUCAUUAUUUUGGAAGUCGCGAAACAUUUUGGUCAGGUUCAUAUAAAGAAGAAAAAAUCGGUUUGUCGGCUCACAAGUUAUUUAAAUCAAAUGGAUAUAUGAUUCAUUCGGGCUCGGAGCUCCUGCUCAGUUCCAGCGGUAGCUUUAAACGUUUUGAUGCCGUCGACAAAGAAAGUUUUAAGCAGUCGCAAAAUUCUCCCAAACAUAUAACAACACCCCUGUGGAAUUUGCCGCAAACUGAUUGCUUAAUACCUCCUCAACCAUUGAGACCAGCUCCAGCGCCCAUUGCCCAGCUUACCAACGGCCACACGAAAAUCGUGACUUUUUCAUUUGAUCAGCAAAAUGAAAUACAUUCGCCAGCAUCAGCAGCAUCAUUGCCAGGUAGUGAUACAACCAUCAUGCUGUCUUUAAACGGUUUAAAGACUAAAAGUAACGCCGGCGGAGUGACGCCUUUUCCAAUCCUUGAGGCACCACCCAAAACACGUCUAACUACAAAUCAUUCUCAUAAUAUCCAUUCACUAAUACCAAAUGCAGCCAUACCGAGACCAGUGGCUAGAAAAUCCCCUUCACCUGCUCUCAAUGCAUUAUCGGAUUUGGAUAGUAAAAAGGAAGUGUACAUUAGCCCUGAUAGUGAUAAAGCGGAUUUAAGGACUCGCGCAAAUACCAACCCAUUUUUGGAUACAAUUUUAACAGAAAAUAUUAAUAAAAGCAACUUCAACACUGCCUUAAAUAGUUCCCCAAUAGUGGAAAAAAUAGCACGGGUCGAUGGUAACCCUUUCAUAAGUCAAACCAAUCUACACUGUAAAGAUGCUAUUUUCGAAGAACAAGGAAUUGAGAGACCAUUUCGCAAUCGCUCGUUUUCGGAAACCGCAGAAAUGGCAAACGACAUGGAAGACGUUAGCACAAUAUCGCUGAAAAAUAUAACGAAUGCCUUUCACAGCUCUCAUGUCAAUAGCAAUUCUGGUAAUCCUUUUACCAACGUAGUGAAAAAAGUUAAGGGACCCCAUAUGUUACAAAAAACUAUAUCAGAAGAUUUUCUUUUUCGUAAAGUACCACAGUAUAACGCCAACGUUGCAAAUAACAGCUACGCUGGCACAGCAACAUGGAGCUUCGGACGUUUACUUAAGCAAGAAGAUUUAACCUUUAGUCUAUGGCGACGGAAUAGUUCGCAAUGCUCAUUGGACUCAGGCAGUAUGGGUUCAUUGGAUAGUAUUAAUUUAGAACGAGCAGUAUCGUGUGAUUCGGUAGACUCUGACUUGUCAACAGGUCUGAGCAAUCAAGAUAUAUCACAAGAACAAACCGCAUACACACAAAUCACGGGCUAUUUAUGUGUAAGUCUCCACUAUGACAAGAAUUCUAUUACCGAAGAUGGUAUGGACUUAACGUUAAGUGUUUUAGAAGCCAAAGGUUUGGUUUUACCAUUCAGUGUUGAUUCAUUAGAUACCUUCGUACGUAUCUAUUUAGUUCCAGAUCAGGCCGGUGCCUUACAAACCAAGGUUGUUAAAAAUUCACAAACGCCAACGUUUAACGAGACAUUUAAUUUUUGGUUAAAAAGACAACAAACCAGACAUUCUCUAUGGUUUCAUCUCUAUCAUAACGGAGUAGCACAUACAUUAAUUGGUGAAGCUGAAAUGGAAAUUGGAGAAAUGCCAAGACCUAUAACCACUUGGAUACCCUUAACAGAUUGCCGUAAAUGUAAUGCUCGUUGGGGUGAAUUAAUGUUUUCACUUAGUUAUCUGCCGACAGCAGAACGCUUAACCAUUGUUGUGGUUAAGGCACGUAAUCUGCAACUACAAAUCCCAAGCAAAGAAGAUGGUACCAACCUGCACAAUGCUCACCAUAUUUUCGUCAAGGUUUAUCUUAUGAAUAAUGAGAAGAAAGUUUUAAAGAAACGUACUUCGCUUAAACGUAAAGAUCGCUGUCCCGUUUUCAAUGAAUCGGUAAUAUUCAGUUUACCGCCACAUAAUCUAACAACCGCCCAUAUACGGUUAACCGUAUUUGGCGUGAUUGACGAGGCGACGAUCACGCCAAUUGGUCAUGUUGUUGCGGGUAGUUGUGCUACCGGCAAAGGUCUGCGACAUUGGCACCAGAUGCUAUCAUCUUUACGCAAACCGGUUGCAAUGUGGCAUGUAUUAAGGCGUGGCACAAAUCAACCGAUCUUUACUGGCGGUGCUGAUGCAGUAGUGGCCGCUAUGCAAACUACAGCUCAACGUGCCAAACGCAAUAGUGUGUUUUAAUGGUAUGUAUGUAUUUUUUAAUGAUUUUUUGCUACUACAGAUUAAGAUAGGAAUCUUAUAAAAAAAAAAGAUGGAGAAAGGAGACACAGUUGUUUUGCUUUGUUUGUAAAAGCAAUAGCG